AUCUCUCUAUAUAUAAACCUCUCCCAUGUCUCUCUAAUACCUCUUAAGCUCUCCUCUCUUCUCCUCCUCAUCCUCCUUUCCCUUCCCAUUACGUAACAAAAAUGGUGAAGUUCUCAAAGGAGCUUGAGGCUCAACUUAUCCCAGAAUGGAAAGAUGCCUUUGUCAACUACUGGCAACUCAAGAAACAAGUUAAGAAGAUCAAGCUUGCAAGAGUCCACAACAAACAAAACCCCGACGCAGCCCGAGAUUUCGGUGUCUCCGUUUUUGAUCCGGUUCGCCUUGUCACCAAGAAAAUCAGUGACAAGUUGUUCAAUUUCGAUAAGAAAUCUGAGAUAAUUCAGGUGAACAGUAAAAUAAUGGAGGAUGGUGAAGAGGAGGAAAUUUUUGAGACCGAGCUCGCUCAGUUGUUUUCUGCCGAGGAUGAGGUGAGGGUGUUCUUUGAGGGGCUAGAUGAGGAACUUAACAAAGUGAACCAAUUUUACAAGACCAAAGAGACUGAGUUUACUGAGAGAGGAGAGAUUUUGAACAAACAGCUACAGAUUUUGCUAGACCUCAAGCAAAUUCUCAAUGAUCGGCGGUGGAAGAAUUCUGGGUCGAGGCACAACGUGCCGAGUGUUCCCAGCUCAUGGUCUUCUUCUCCCCGGAAUUCUGACUGUAGUAGUGAGUGCUUGGCGGAAUCCAAUACGACCCCUACAGAAAUAACACAAAGAGGUGAAGCAAUUGCUGCACUAGAAAAAAAUGGUGUUAACUUCAUUAACGGGGCAACUAGGGGUAAGACCAAGAAAGGCAAACCGAAAGUGGCCAUGAGGAUUGAUAUUCCAAACACAACACCAACACGAACCAUCACAGCUGUUACAUCAAUGCUUUGGGAAGAUUUAGUGAACAAUCCCAAAAAGGAAGGCCCUGGAGAAUUCAUCAAUAGAAAGAAGAUACAGUGUGCUGAAAAAAUGAUUAGAGGGGCUUUUGUGGAGCUCUACAGAGGCCUUGGUCUACUUAGAACUUACAGCUCACUGAACAUGGUGGCUUUCACAAAGAUCCUGAAGAAGUUCGACAAGGUAUCAAACCAGCAGGCGUCAGCAAGCUAUCUGAAAGCAGUGAAGAGAUCACAUUUUAUCAGUUCUGAUAAGGUUGUUAAACUAAUGGAUGAAGUGGAGUCCAUUUUCACAAAGCACUUUGCCAGUAAUGACAAGAAAAAGGCAAUGAAGUUUUUGAGGCCCCAACAAAACAAAGAUUCUCAUAUGCUCACCUUUUUUGUUGGUUUGUUUACAGGUUGUUUUGUAUCAUUGUUUAGUGUGUACGCAAUCUUAGCGCACUUGUCUGGUAUAUUUUCCCCUACCACAGAAAGAGAUUACUUGGAAACUGUCUACCCUGUUUUCAGUGUUUUUGCUUUGCUCAGUCUGCACUUGUUUAUGUAUGGUUGCAACCUAUUCAUGUGGAAGAAUACAAGAAUCAAUUACAACUUCAUAUUUGAAUUUCAACCAAGCACAGCCCUAAAAUAUCGCGAUGCCUUCCUCAUAUGUACAACCUUCAUGACAGCUGUGGUUGGUGCAAUGGUUGUGCACUUGAUAUUAAGGGCAAAUGGCUUCUCAAGCCAAGUUGAUGCCAUUCCUGGAAUUUUCCUUCUGUUCUCCAUUGCCCUGCUCAUAUGCCCGUUCGACAUCUUCUAUCGACCAACUCGUUACUGCUUCAUCAGAGUAAUUCGCAACAUAGUCUGCUCCCCACUUUACAAGGUUUUGAUGGUAGACUUUUUUAUGGCUGAUCAACUAACUAGCCAGAUCCCAUUGCUGAGACACAUGGAAUCCACAGCCUGUUACUUUCUUGCUGGAAGUUUCAGAACGCACCACUACGAAACCUGCCGAACUGGAAGGCUGUUUAGAGAGCUGCUUUAUGUUAUCUCAUUCUUGCCAUACUACUGGCGUGCCAUGCAAUGUGCAAGACGAUGGUUUGACGAAUGUGACGUUAACCAUUUGGCUAACAUGGGAAAGUAUGUCUCGGCCAUGGUGGCAGCCGGAGCCAGGAUUACAUAUUCUAAUAACCCCGGCAACCAUCUAUGGUUUUAUAUGGUAGUGAUCACGUCUGUGGUGGCUACAGUGUACCAGUUGUACUGGGAUUUUGUCAUGGACUGGGGGCUUUUCAACCCAAAAUCCAAGAACCUAUGGCUAAGAGAUGAUCUCAUUCUGAAAAACAAAAGCAUCUAUUAUGCUUCCAUUAUCUUGAAUGCGGUUUUAAGAGUUGCUUGGGUGGAAACAGUGAUGGGGUUCCAGAGAAUUCCGGAUGUUGAAUCACGAUUGCUAGACUUUCUCUUGGCUUCAUUAGAGGUUAUCCGGCGAGGGCAUUGGAACUUUUACAGGAUAGAGAAUGAGCAUCUGAAUAAUGUUGGGAAGUACAGGGCAGUGAAGGCAGUUCCUCUACCAUUCCGUGAGACAGAUUCUGAUGGCUGAGAAAAUUUAGUCUUGAUAUGUACAGAAACCCCGAAAUGCUGAUAUGGGACAAUUUAAGCCAAGGCAGAAGGAAUCCACAUUUUCUUAUAUCAAUGUGUGAGAUCCUGCCAUCCAUUCAUCUCAUAUCCAAUUCGGAACAUGAAUUGUAAAGCGCUAAGUGUAAUGAAGAAAAGCGCUUCUCAAAUGGAAUUACGUUUCUUUGUCGUACGUUUGGCAUUUUAAUUUGGAUUUGCUAAUGUAGGUGUAUCAUAUAUUUCUGGAAAGACAGAUCCUUCUUCGAUUGACUAUCAAGAUGCUGCAUUUAAAAAGAUAUAUAGCCAUCUAUAUGAACCCUGCUACAUGAAAUAAAAAUUGGAAUGACUGAUCUGAUUCCAA